UCACACGUCGCGCCAAGAGGCAAUAGCAAUCCCGUAGUGCCUGGAUCAUCCCGACUUUUAUCGGGGAUCCCAUUGAGCCAUUGUUGUGGAACUACUUGGACAGUAGUAAUGCCACCGAAUGCCAACACGUCUGGCCAAUUUCGGUUAAUUGGAACGUGAUUUAUGUGGGGCAACGGAGUGAAUAGCUCCUAUUCCGAGCGCCCUAGCUGCCCAUGCCCAGCUGGCCAGUCAGUCAACAGCGGAACCCAGCCAAUGCCGGCUUGAUAAGUGCCGCACGAGCGUGAUAAGAGCGGAAAGAAGGCGCCAAGUCGUAAAGCGAGUGUGUGCAGAAACCGAACUAGAAAUAGAAUUCGAAAUCAAAACUGGCCUUGCCAAUUCGCGUAUCUCGAUAAUUAGUAUAUGAUCAUUAAUCAAGGGGCAAUAUUAGAAGUAUAAACAAAACGACGGGCAAAAACGAUGGCCAAACGCAAGAGCUUAACCCACGACAGCCCGUCAAUGGAACUGGAGCUGCCGCUGCUGGCGCCGCAGGAACGGAGUCAGCGGAGCAGGAGCGGGACAAUUCCUUUGUGCAUCAUGCACGACUCCGCCAAACAAUCCCCCACCACCAGCCCCACCAUCCCGCCCAAACAGCAGGCAGCGACGCCCCAGUCGCCAGCAGCGGCGGUGAGCGGACUGGAUCCGGCGGACGAUGAGGACGAGACCGACGUGAUCGGCGACCUGAUGGGUCACUACGGCAAGUGGCAGUUGCUGAUGACGGUGCUGCUGUCGCUCUUCCAGGUGCCCAACACCUUCCACAUAUCCUCGUCCAUUUACCAGGCGGCCAACAAGGACUUUUGGUGCCAGCGCCCAGCGCAAUUCCAGCACAUGCCAGUGGCCACCUGGCGGAACUUAAGUGGCUCCGUCGACAACUGCCGGCGAUGGGAGGGCAUCGAUUGGAGUCAAGUGAGCAAUGAAACCACGCUGCCAUCAGACUGGAAGACACCAGCGGAGAUGGACAAAAAGUUGGUGGCCUGCGAGAAAUGGGAGUACGAGACCAACGACAAUGUCGGUAACACCUGGACAUCGCAGUGGGAUCUGGUCUGCGAGAAGGAGCACCUAAAGAACGUUGCCGAGAUGUUCUUUCUGCUGGGUGUGGCAACAGGUGGCAUUAUCUCCGGCUAUUUAUCGGACAAGUUUGGCCGCAAGACAAUGCUCUUCAUAUCGGCCGUGCUGCAGACCAUAUUCGGUCUCUGGCUCUAUAUAUGCAGCUCCUUUGAGCUUUAUCUCACACUUCGCGCUCUGCUUGGUCUGGUAUCGGUAUCGGUCACCUACUCCGGUCUGAUCCUAGCCAUUGAGUAUGUGGAUGGCAAGUGGAGAACCAUCGCCGGAAUGUACAACCUGUUUCCACUGCCAAUCUCCUACAUGAUCAUCUCGGGCCUGGCCUAUCUGACCCAGGAUUAUCAACGCCUACAGCUGUGCAUCGGCAUUCCGGGGAUCUUCCUGUGUUUUCUUUGGUUUGUGGUGCCGGAAUCGCCGCGCUGGCUGCUGGUCAAGGGUCGAAUCGAUGAAGUGCGUCGAAUUAUUGAGGCGGCCGCCAAGUUCAAUGGACGCCAGCUGCCCGCCGAUUAUCAACUGACGCCGCCGACGCAGGAGAGCAGUACGCAGGACGUUACCUACCUGUUCCGCUCCAGUUACCUGCGCCGCAUCUCCAUCUGCUUCUUCUGCAUCUGGUUCACCAUGAAUCUGGUCUACUACGGCAUUAUUCUUAACAUGAGCUCCUUUGGCGGCAAUGUCUACUUGAAUUCGGCGCUAGCUGGCCUAGUCGAAAUACCCGCCAUCGCCGUGGCCAUGUACAUCAUCACCAAAGUGGGCAAGAAGUGGCUCUUUUGCGCCACUUUGAUCUGUGCCGGCGUCGCCUGCUGCUGUGCGGCGAUCACCGAGGGGCAUGCGGAUCUGCUCUGGCUGAAGAUCACAUUCCUGAUGAUGGGCAAGUUCACCAUCAGUGCUGGCAAUACCAUAAUGCCGGUGUACACGGCGGAACUGUAUCCCACGCCGAUACGCAAUGUGGGCGUGGGUGCCUGCAAUGUGGCCGCCGGCUUGGCCUUGAUCCUCACACCUUACCUGUCGCUACUGAACAAGAUCGAGGGCCACCUCUUGAUGACCCUGCUCACCGCCUGGAGCAUCUUUGGCGGCUUUGUGGUGCUCUUCCUGCCCGAAACCGCUGUGCGUCAGAAGACAGACAACCAGGGUGGCUCAAGUGCCAAUGCCAGUGCCGCCAAGCAGGUGUAAUGACCGCCAUUGCCAAUCCUAACCUGCUCAGCCCCCGAGGAACAAAGUAUUUUGGCUGGUCCAAAGUAUGCCGAUUAGAAGUCAGCGUAGCCAACGCAGUUGCUGUCUCUCUGCCCCCCACUUAACCCCCAAACCUGCCACGCCACCCGACAUAUCCACCGCCUGAAGCCACCUGAAAUGUAUGGUAACGAUUCGAUGAAUGUCCAAAAAUAAUGCCAAUUCGCUAGAGAACGUCACAUGUCAGGCAGGACCUUGUUUGCGUAGCACGUAGUGAGUAUGUAUCUUAACAAUUAACUAACAACAAUGGCUUGUAGCUUAUGUCAGAAUCUAAGUACUGAAAACACAAAGAACACCCAGAAUGUUACCAAAAACACUCGAAGUAGCUUAAGUUCUUCGGUUCCCAUCGAAGGUUAUAAAUUUGACCCAAGUUUAGGGAGGUUUUGCAAUGGGAGUUUACAAAUUUAUUUUAAUACAGCUUUAUUAUAUUAUUUCAUAAUUUUAUUUAAAUGGUUUUAAAAAUAAGAAAGUAUUUUUUUUACGAAAUUGCGCCACAAGCUCCCUAGGAAAAAUAAUAAAUGGAACAUUUUUUAAAUUACCCAGUAAACACAGAGCGCUUUAAUUACGGAAUUACCAAUUCAAUUACAAACGAAUUAAGGUUCCCACAGAGAAAAAUUUAGAAAACCAAUUUAUAAUGUUGUCAAUAUGUCUUGUCAAUAUCUCAACGUAUGCAUAAUCUCGUCGUCGUCGUCGUCUUCUUGUUGUCUAUUAAUAAAUGUUUUCCAAAUACGAGAUGAAUAAGCAGAGCAGCUCAAUCUUUCAGAGAAAAGAGAAAUGAGAAUGGCAGAUUUAAGCGAUCAUUUGUAAUCUCUAGCAAUCGUAGUCAAUUAAUCCUUAGUCUACCCUUAAACGUAUCUACAACAGAUCAGUCUCUAAGUAUCGGUCAAUUAUGGAUUUGUAUAUAUUGUCUGUUUGUGUGCGGAGACACAGGACAUACAAGGAGUUUUACUGUUUGGAGCCAUCAAAGAAUAUAUGUAUAUGAAAUGAACAAAUAAAUUUCCAAUAUAAUGCAUUUAACAAUGUAUACAAUUAUGUGUAUAUGGAUAUGUGUGCGUUUGUGUAUGUAUAUGUAGAGAAAAACAAAAACAAUCAAAUUAGAGAAAGCCAACCUGUUGAAUUACUUGUUGUACUUACCUACCAAGUUGUUAUGUGCUCAUUUGUAUUUUGUAUUAUUUUCUGCAAUAUUAUGUCGCUUAUUUUACAUUUAUUUUUGUUGCCUAUUGUACUUACCCGCUAAGAUCAAUCAGCUUUGUUAUGUAUUUGUCAUUAGUAAGAGAUUUCUUUAAGCUUCAAACAAACGGAAUACCCGAAUCUAAAACAACAUUAAAUUAAUUGUUAAGUUAAAGUGUUGAGCGAAACACUGACAUAAAUUUAUGAAAAUUGUUGUAAAUCAAAAUUACCAAAGCAAACGCAAUUAUAGUGUCAAAAUAAAACAUAAAUAAA